AUGAAUCAACAAAUGCAAGAAGUCAAGGCUCAUAACAAGAUGGUUUAUUCACAACUAGCACAAUUGGCCGAGAGAGUUUCUUUUAACUCAUCUUCCACUUUGCCCGGACAAUCACAAACCAACCCUUCCAAUAUUGUAAAACCCGACUCUUGCAAGGCAAUCACAUUGAGAUCGGGUACAUCUUAUGAGAGUCCCAAGGAAGAGGAUGGUAAGGAAAAGGAGGGAGAAGAAGAGAUGAGUGAUGAUAAGAAAGUUGAAGAAGAGAAGGUUGAUGAGAAAGAGAAGAGUAUGGAGAAAAAGAAGACUAAGGAUGUGGUGACAUCCUCAACUUCUAGUGAGGCUAGAAACCUUGAUGGACUGGUUCCUUUUCCCGGUCGUCUUGCGGAGAGAAAAUUGAACGAUAAAUUUGCAAGGUUUCUAAGUGUGAUGAAAAACUUACACAUUAACCUCCCUUUCAUUGAAGUUGUCACACAAAUGCCUUCAUACUCCAAGUUCUUGAAAGACAAUCUCACCAACAAAAGGAAGCUCAAUGAUGAGCUUAUCACUCUUCCCCAUCAAGUGAGUGCACUUGUUCAACACAAAAUGCCCAAGAAGUAA